AUGGCAACGGCGCUGCUCGCGCGCCCAUUGGCCGCAGUGGGCGGAGCUGCCGGUCGAUACCCGCGGCCGCGGGUUCCCCUCUCCGGGCGGGCACGAGUAGUGGGACAGCGGCCCGACACGGCCGACGCGCGGCGCUCUGCCGGCAGGAGUCCGCCGCGGGACGCCGCAGCUGCAGCUGCUGCUGCCAGCACGGCGAUCGCUCUGGGCCCGGCUGCCGCCUCCUCUCGGCCGCCGCCGCCGCCGCUGCCGUCGCCGCCACCGCCCUACACGCCUCCCCCCGGCGCCGAGACGCGUGGGCUUCUUUUUCCCUCCCUGCCUAGCCGUCCUUUUUUUCUUCUCCUCCUCGUCCGUCUUCUUUUGCCCCCGCCCGCCAGGCUGGGGGGGCGGGCUCUGGGCCCGGCUGCCCCCACCUCCACCUCUCGCGACCGGCUCUCGCGCGUCAAUAUUUAUAACUUGACGCCGGCGACGCCGCCGAGUCGCGCGCUGCACAAGUUUCCAUUUACGUGA